AGAUCAGGGGGCUAUCCCCAAACUCCGGUUAGAGACAGUAGUAAACAAAUCUGUCCAUCAUGGCGGCGCCGGGCUAUCAGCUGAUUUUGCCUGCAGUUCAAGUUGUAAACACUCUCCUGGCUUCUGGCCGCUGGACAGAACUUCUCUCUAUCAUCAAAGGGUUCAGAAAUGGCAUCGUAUACGGAGUUAAAAUCCGUGCUCCACAUGCGCUGGUUAUGACAUUUCUCUUCAAAGAAGGAAGCUUAUUGGAGAAGUUUAAAAUCAUUGCAGAGGCCACGCACCUCCACGCCCGUAACCUGGCCAUGUUUGUGGUCCUGUAUAAAACCAUGACAACACUUCUACAGAAGGCAGAACAGAAAUCUCAGCAGUAUCACUCCUUCGUAGCUGCCUUCAUUGGAGGGUACUACGUCUUUGGGAAGAACAACCGUAUCAAUGAACAGAUCAACCUGUACCUGUUAUCCAGGAUCCUGUUGGGCCUGUCCAGACUCGCAGUCCAGCGGGGGAUCGUCCCCACCCCCAAACACGACGUCUUCCCGUGGUUCGCUGCGGCCGUGUGGGGGGUGGUGCUCUGGUUGUUUGAGUACCAUAAGGACGUCCUCCAACCUUCGCUUCAGUCCUCCAUGACAUAUCUGUACCAUGAUAGCAAUGUCUGGCACAAUAUCAUGGACUUUCUUGUGUAUAAUAGGAUAUAGAGGAAAUCAAAGUAGUGUCAUCUACUGGAAUGGUUUUGUAUGAAUUUCUAACUUGUUGGUGUAUCUAUUUGAAUAUCAGAUUAUCAUUUAAUAAUACUCAUUCUUUUAUAACACCUUUUAUUUAAAAAUAGAUGGAUAAGGUUUUCUAUGAUGCAUAAUGGAUAAAUAUUAAGUGAUAGAUUAAUAGUGAAGAUAUCAUUGAUCAAAGGUUGUUUUCCACUGUCUUUAUUGGUUUGUUCAUAUAGAGGUACAUAUUGAAAUGAUAUCAGCAAUUAACAGACAUGUAUUUGAAUUGUGACAUGAUAUGAUUAUGUAAUAAUUUCCUGGUGAUUUUACACAAGUAUUACAUGUAGUAACGAGAAGUCAGCUGUGCUUCAAAAUAUGAUAGUACAUGUACAUCGUCUGCUUUGUACUGUUACAAUUUCAAUCAAGAAAUAAAUGCUUCUAAAAUAUAAAAAAUUAAAAACUCAUUUUGCUAUGAAGAUGUCCCCUUUCUCAAAGAUUCAUUGACUUUAUAUUUAAUCAUCAUGAUUCAUGUAUGGUACUUUGAUUGCAUAAUAUAUAUAUAUACUUAAAAGUUAGAUAUACAGUGCUGUCUCCAUGUACAUGUACAUGUUUCAACUAUGUUUCAUAUCACGGAAGUGCACAAAAGUU